GCGCGCGAUACUCGCGCGUCCGCGGGAUCCUCGCCGCCGGCUCGCGGCCGACUCCGAUAAUCGGCAGCUUCCUUUGCGAAACGACGCUCGCUAAACGGACGUGCUAACUAGGACGUUUUGUUUUCAGUUUCGUUAGCGGCUCCCAGGCGCUAACGAGUCGCGGCGAACACCGUAAACGGCACCCACGGUUGCGUCAGAGGCGCGGCCAGAAAAACAGGUGUAGAGGUUCUUGAAUCGGAUUUGCAUAGAAAUGCGCUUCGGCCUGUCAAAAUUUGAUCGAUAUCCCAUUUCCCGGAUAGCACCGGCGGCCGUAACCCUGGCAAAGCUGAAACAACGUUUCGCAACAACGCCGAUAAAAUUGGAAACAACGGGGAUAUUUCGAGAUACCGUAGAACGCAAACAGAGUGCAGAAUUUUUCGGCGAGUAGAACGCGCGGUCGGAUUAAAAGUUAAACGACCGGUGGGAGGGUGCUUCGCGGGGAUCGAUGGAGUUUCCGUGUCUUUGUCGAACCGACGGGACAUCCGGACGAUUUUGUACAAACACGACGAAUUGUAAAUUAGAAACGGGUUAUGAAUAAAAUUGUAAAUUUAAAUAUCGUUACGAAUAAAGCUACAAAUUGGAAGAACGUUAUGAAUAAAAUUAUAAUAAAAUUUAAAAUUGCACGAUCCAAUGGAAGAUCGCUCGACAAAGCUGUGCGAAAGAUGCAAAAUGUGUAAAUAAUUUUACGGUGAAAUCGCGUUUAGUUAAUUCAUAACAAAGCUCGCGUGACAUUAUAUGAAAACGUGACAGUUCUAAGUGAAUUUAUAAGAAUUGAGCUCGUUCGUAAAUAAUUUAUGAAUCAAAUUAUAUGAUCGAAUUACAAAUUAUAUAAUCUAACAAGUAAUCCAAAAGUUUAAACUGGAAUAAGUCUACGUCAAAUUAUAUAAAAUCGUGAAAUUACUAAAUAAACUUAUAAGAAUUGAAUUCGUUUGUAAAUGAUUUCUAAAUCAAUUAUAUAAUCUAAUAAAAAGUUUAAUUUGCAAUAAUCCACGUAAAAUUAUACAAAAUCGUGAAAUGUCUACAUAAAUUUAUAAGAACUGAAUUCGUUCGUAAAUAAUCUAUAAAUCAAAUUAAAAAUUGCAUAAUCUAAUAAAAAGUUAAAUCUAGAAUAUAUCUACAUAAAAUGAUAAAAAAUCGUGAAAUUCAUAAACCAAUGGGAAAAACUAAAUUCAUGUACGAAUUGCCAUAAACUCAAGUAAAAGUAUAACAGACUUCGAGAUCAUAAAUUAUGAUAUCAAAAUUAUCUACCGUGCUAAAGAGAUUAUUAUAAAAUCCUACACAAUUGCACCCUGUGCACGCAUCGAAAUAGUGGAGCACAGCUCGCCAUAGUUGCCGGAAGUGGGCCCGCCGGUUUCACGUCCGGCAUUGACAUUGACCCACGAUUUCGGGUCUCCCUCCUAGACACCCCUUAUUGUCUAUUCACCGUGCACGAGUGAUCCAUUUAAUCCGGCCUAUCGUCUCGUACGAUCGACGAAUCGGGCACCGCGGCGAUUGCCAUUCGUCUCGCAUAUCCUCGGCCGCGUCUCGGCUUGCGUCACGAGACCUUGAUCGUGUGCGAACGUUAUCGAGGAAUCCAGGCGUCCCUCCCGCCGCCGGCCGAUUCCUUUCUGGCGAUUCUAUUCCGCCGAAACCGAGUCUCGGGCCAUAAAGGUCGCCGUGGUCGGGCGCGAUGGGUGCCCGGGUCGUUUCGCUUCGCUCCGAUCUCGAUCGCCGCCCCACUUUCGCCGGUGUUUAGUGCGAAGAGCGACGCGACGGUUCGUGCGAUCGACGCCACGGACACCGCAGAGAUCCGAUCGACGGAUCGACGUGUCGCGAAUUGAAAACCGAGCCGCUUCGACCGACGACAGCCAUGCUGAAGACGUUGGCCGUCGCCCUGCUGAUCUCGCAGACGCAGAGCCUGCUGCCGCCUGCUCUGCUCGACACUGUGUACCAAAUGUUCGCCGGGUUCCCGGCGACCCAGGAGGACUCCGUGCCGGACGAGCCGGGAGUGUCCAGGGAGUAUGAUUUCAUAGUGAUCGGCGCCGGUUCCGGCGGCUCUGUCCUGGCGAAUCGGCUCACCGAGAACCCGAACUGGAGCGUGUUACUGCUCGAAGAGGGCAAGGACGAGAUGUUCCUCACCGACAUCCCUCUGAUCGCGCCUCUCCUCCACGUGACCGACUACGUCAGGAUGCACCGGAGCGAGCCGAAGCCCGGCCGCUACUGUCUCGCGAUGAACCAGGGUCGCUGCAACUUGCCCGGCGGCAGGGCGGUCGGCGGCAGCUCGGUUGUCAACUUCAUGAUCUACUCGAGAGGCUCGCCGGACGACUACGACGACUGGGCCGCUCAGGGCAAUCCUGGGUGGAGGUACCGGGACGUGCUGCCGUACUUCAGGAAGUCGGAGAACUGCAGGCUACAGGACCGAGAUCUUAGAUUCCAUGGUCACGGCGGAUACCUGGACGUCACGACCUCUCCGUACGUCUCCCCGCUGAGGGAACGUUUCCUCCGGUCGGGCAAGGAACUGGGUUAUGACGUAAUCGAUUACAACGCCGACAGGCUGAUCGGGUUCUCGGCCGCGCAGGUACAUCUGCGGAACGGCCGCAGGGUGAGCGCGAACAAGGCCUUCCUGAGGCCGAUCCGCGGCAGGCGGAACUUCCAUCUGUCGAAGUUCUCGAGAGCGACGAGAAUAGUCGUGGACGGGAAAAGGAAGGCGGCCGUGGGCGUCGAGUUCCUGAAGAACGGCAGGCGAUCGUUCGCGAGGGCCCGGAAGGAGAUAAUAGUUUCAGCAGGAGCCUUGAACUCGCCGCAGCUGCUGAUGCUGUCCGGGAUAGGGCCCAGAGACCGUCUCGAGGCCUUGAAGAUCGACGUGAUCGAGGAUCUGCCGGUCGGCCGCAAUCUCCAGGACCACGUGAGCAUGUCGUUGCUGACCUUUCUCGUGAACGAGAGCGUGACCAUCGUGGAGCCCCGGCUCGCCUCGAAUCUGGCCAACACCUACGACUACUUCGUGAAGGGGACCGGGCCCCUGACGGUCCCCGGUGGCACCGAGGCCGUCGCUUUCGUCGAUACGAAGCGGGACCCGCGACGAGAGGCGGCCUCUCGAGCCGCCCGAAAUGCCACCUCGCCGCCAAACGCGUCCUCCGUCGCGGUGAACUCGAGCUAUUCGCCCGGUUUGGACAAACGAAAGGAGACGUCGAUCCCGGACAUUGAACUGGUGUUGGGCAUCAGUUCGUUAACCGGGGACACCUCGGGCAGCUUCAGGAGCGCCCUAGGCCUGACCGAACAGUUUUACAGGGACGUGUUCACCGGUUACGAAGGGCUGGACGCGUUCUCGAUCGUCCCGGUUCUUCUGCAUCCGAAGAGCAGGGGUCAAGUGACUUUGAGGUCCGCCGACCCACUGGACCCUCCCGUUUUCGAUAUAAACUACUACGACCACCGGGACGACCUCGAGACGAUCGUUCGUGGCAUUAAGAAGGCUAUAGAGAUCGCCUCGGCGGGGCCCUUGAAACGUUUCAAUGCGACGCUGUUGCCGGUCGCGUUCCCAGGCUGCAAGGAGGUCCCGUUCGGCAGCGACCGGUACUGGGCCUGCGUGGCCCGUCACGUGAGCACGACCCUGGGUCACUUCGCGGGCACGUGCAAGAUGGGCCCGAGGAUGAACGCGGGCGUGGUAGACCACAGGCUGCGGGUCCACGGGUUGAACGGCCUCCGCGUGGUGGACGCCAGCGUGAUACCGACCCUGAUGUCCGGCCACACGAACGCACCGGUCUACAUGAUCGCCGAGAAGGCCGCCGAUAUGAUCAAGGAGGAGUGGAAGUCGCCGUCGAUUCGCCGGAAAAUCGUGCGGGGGACUUGAGGAAAAACUCGUGCGAGCUCGCGUCGACGCGCGUGUAUUUAAAUAUAAAUUACUUUCGGACAGAGACAUGACCACGGGAACGAUGAAAACGGCGAACGAAAAAAACACCUGGAUCAAGCGUGCGUGCAGAGAGCUGUCGAGUGACCACGAUUGACGCGAUAGACGGAAGAAUAUCACGUCGAAAUCGAAUCUCGUCCCUGCUGCUCGUGCUUGACUCAGAUUUUAUCGUCGCAUUCGAAUCAGAGUUGGGCAACGUUUUGUUCGGAUGAAAGAUGAAGACUCGACGAAUACAGUACGACGUUGUCGAAUCAAUAUUCAAUCGAAUAAAAAUUUAGCCGAAUCAAUA